AUGCAAUGCUUCUGGGGUGAGAGUGCCUUCGCCAAGAUAGAUGGUGUUCUGAAGACUAGAGUUGGUUAUGCUGGAGGGAAACAAAGCGAUCCCACCUACGACAACAUCAAGGAUCAUACUGGUAUGUUGCUUGAAUGAUUUAGGUUUUUUGUACGACUAGUCUCUAUGAUUCUCAAAUUUUUGUAUUUUAAAGCAUACGGUUGAUAGUUUUAAUUUUAAGAAGUGACCGAACUUGUGUUUGACGAAAACGUGGUAAAAUAUGACAGUUUACUGGACUUUUUCUUUUCUCAUCAUGAUCCAAAUGCUCGGAGAAAGACACAAUACAGAAGUGUCAUCCUUUAUGUUGAUGACGAACAAAAGCAGCAAGCUGAAGCUUCUCUGGACAAAGUUAAGGUAAUGUAUAUCUCACUAAAUAACAUUAAUAUUAAGAAGCGCUACCCAAACCCUGAGACUACCGUAGAAAAACUGGACAAGUUCUACCAAGCGGAAGAUUACCAUCAGAAGUAUUGGCUCAGAUGUCAGCGUGACGUCCACAGAGCCUUGAAGCUGAACGACAAAGAACUGGUCGAUUCUGUCCUGGCAGCGAAGAUAAACGCCUUCUUGGCUGGUUAUGAUAGAUACGACGUACUCAACGACCUCGCUGCUCAACACAAACUGGAGCCAGCUUUGGUAAAUAAGAUCGAAGCCAUUGCGAAGGCUGGCGGAGACCCGCGAUCUUGUCAUUGA